GUUCUGUUCUGUUCUGUCCUGUCCAUCACAAUUCACGCGACGACGACCCGGCCUGCGGGCAGAUCUUUCUUGACCUAGCCAGCUCGUUCUUGGCGCACUAGCUAGCCAGCCAGCUAGUAGCUAUCCUCGCUCCUCCCCACCGUCCUCAGUGCUAGACUAUUCGUCCGAUGGGCGGCGUCCAACUCGACGACCUCUCCGAAUUGGCCGUGCUCCGGCCGAUCCAGACAGCGGCAGCGGCUCGGCCGCCGGGCGACGACGCCGAAGACGGCCCGGACGCCGCCGACACGGGCUGCGUCACGCCAACGGCCUCGAGCUCCCGGCUGAUGCCGAUGCCGCGCCUGGACGGCGGCUGCGGCGCCCUGGACAGUACCGACGCCGCCGCCGCCGCCUGCGUCACGCCGGCGGCGUCACCUUGCCUGCUGCGGCCGGCCACGGUGUGCCCUCCGGCGCCGCGGAAGCCGGCGAGGCCGGCCGCGCCGCCGCCCGACAACAAGAGGAAGCGCUGCUGCUGCGCCCGCGCCUUCUUCCCCGUGCCGCACGACCUCUCCGCGGUGUUCGUGCCGCGCAGGUCGCCGCCCAGGGCCGCCACCGCCAAGAAGGUCCGCCUGCACCUCGUGGGCUGACGAAAGCCAAGCCAUGCCACCGGCGGCACGACAGGAUGCAUGCCAUGCCACCACGCGCCAUGCUUUCUUUCUUCGUCCUCCGAUUCAUCCGCCAGCGCAUCACGCGCGCAUCAGUUGCGCCGGCGCGCCAUUGGCCAUUUGCUGCGAGUGCGAUCGAUGGAGGACAAAUUCUUGGGCUUCCUGACAAGACAGAGGACACGACGACCAAAGGCGGGCGGGCGGGCCGGCCGGCCAGUACAAUCGAUCAGAUCAGAGUGUUUCUGCAGUGAUUGCGCUACCUUCUCAAUCUCAGAUCGAUCUCGAGCUGCCUGGAUCUGAAUAAUCGAAUUGUAAAUACCACAUCGUCGUUGGCUGCGCAUGGUUGUCGUCUUCGCGUGUCGAGGGUGUAUAAAGGCCAUAGUCGUUCCUGUGAAAUUCGCUGCCUGCAAACGCAUAGUUUUCUCUGCAGGAGCGCCAAUGCAAACAACGGCCGGCGCA